AUGCGAUCCAGGAUGGGCGAGUUUGGAUUUUGUGGAACAACGUCCGAAUUCUGUGGCUCUAACCAGGUAUCCUCUCCUCAGUGCAGUGGUACCUCAUCAGACGCUCGAACGAUUGGCUACUAUGAGGGAUGGAACUUGGAGCAUCAGUGUGACGUGAUGAAGCCGUCCGAGAUUCCUCUCGGAUUUUAUACACAUAUUAAUUUUGCUUUUGCCUAUAUUGAUCCGGAAUCAUUUCAAAUGGCACCCAUGGCCUCUGAUGUUGCUGCACUUUACCAAGACGUCACAUCUCUCAAACAGCAACAGCCUGAUCUAGAGGUUUGGAUAUCGGUAGGUGGGUGGUCAUUCAAUGAUGCCGACCAACCUACAGCAACAACUUUCUCCGAUCUGGCAGCGUCCGAGUCGGCCCAGAACGAAUUUUUCGCUUCCCUCAUCACAUUUCUUCUAACCAAUGGGUUUGACGGAGUUGAUAUUGAUUGGGAGUAUCCCGCUGCAACCGACCGCAAUGGAAAGGCUGCUGACUACCAAAACUACCCAAGUUUCCUUCGGAAUCUGCGAAAGGCUCUGGAUGGGACAGGGAACAAAUUUGGUCUAUCCAUCACGAUUCCUUCGUCAUACUGGUACAUGCAAAAUUUUGAUAUUGUUACCGUCGAACCUAUCAUUGAUUGGUUUAACGUCAUGACUUACGACCUUCAUGGUACUUGGGAUGGCAAUGAUCCUUAUAUUGGCAAGGUUGCACUCGCCCACACCAAUCUUACUGAGAUUGAACAGAGCCUGGAGUUGUUAUGGAGAAAUAACAUCGAUCCCACGAGAGUUAACAUGGGCCUCGGGUUCUACGGCUUUACAAUGUCAGAUCCAAACUGCCUAUCGGCGGGAUGCCCGUUCUCUACUGGCGGCAAAGCAGGCCCGUGUACCGCAUCAUCGGGCAUUCUAUCUGACGCUGAAAUUCGUGAUAUCAUUGCCGACGGGGCCACCGUCACUUUAGACGCCGCAGCGGCCAUUAAAAUUGUGACCUGGGACACAGACCAAUGGGUUUCUUACGAUGACGCAGAAACAAUGAAAACGAAAAUUGACUUCGCUAAUCAGCAUUGCUUGGGAGGAACAAUGAUCUGGGCUAUCGACCAAGACAAUACUAAUGGCACUAGUAUCGACCUUUUGGGGACAGACUUGAGUCGAGCUAAAAGUGUUAUCUACCCUGCCGACGCCAACAAUACCCUUGGCGAGGACUACGGAUGGAGUUAG